ACGCAACGGUAGGUUCGUCAUCUAUUGUUACUUAACCGUUAGGUCUGCCGUAUGUAGCAGGAUAACUAGUCUCUGUAGCCUCCACGAAUGAAAACAACGAUAGAUAUCCUGGAUCCGAUGAACACUUCCCAAAGACGGCUUCCUUCUACUUUAACGGAUAACAAAUGAGCUUGCGUCAUCAUGACCUGGCUGCGUAUUUUCCUCAUUUUCCUCGGCAUCGCGGCAAAUGUCCUUAUCAUCACUUACGAUCUCAUGUUCCGAGAACAAAGUCUGAUUCGUCAUUUGAAACUCCAUAAGAUAUUUUUACCUCAAAAACCCUCCGACCCAGAAGACAUCGAAUUCGAAGAUGAAAACAUCACUGAUCACUUACACACUGAAGUUUUCCGAGUAAUUAAUGAGCUGCGUAGACAGUUUAAUGCUAGUGGCUCGCGUUGGAAGCAUUCACAUCAUCGAAAGGUAGUAUUACAAUACACUGCAGUUUUUGAUAGAAAGCCUUGGCCAUGGAUGGAGAACACAGACCAGUUCAAUCACUGGAUGGGAGUUGAAUGUCCAUAUUACAGCUGUGAGCUGGUGUAUGAUCGAAAAGAUAGACCUCGAAGCGACGCUCUACUAUUCCACUCACGUGACAUGCCUGCAAUCUCACUUAUGGAUUACAUCUUAAAAGAGAAGAAAACCCAUGAAAGAUGGGUGUUUUUCUCUAAGGAAAACCCAAUGAACAAUCCACCCUCAAAGCGCUACGACUUCUACUUUAACUGGACGAUGACAUACAAACAAGAGUCUGAUAUAUUUAUCUCUUAUGGGUAUUACUUUCCUGUAAAACGAAAGAAAAAGAUACCAGAGUCUGUCUUUUUGAAGAACAAGAAGAAACUAGUAGUGUGGACGUCAAGCCAUUGCAAUCUUCCUAGAGACGAUUAUGUGAGAGAGCUCCUGAAAUAUAUACAUGUGGAUGUUGUAGGGGCAUGUGCUAACGCCGUAUUUCAAGAAGGACUAGACUGCCCACAGAAUAACAAAGCGUGUAAUGAAAAGCUAAAAACAUAUAAGUUCCAUCUAGCGUUUGAGAAUACUAACUGUCUUGAUUAUAUAACGGAAAAGUAUUGGCGCGCGCUGCGCGAUGGGGUCGUCCCAGUUGUCAUGGGAGGGUCAGAUUAUGGUUCCACUGUCGCCAUUCCAGGAUCUUUCAUCAACGUAGCCGAUUUCUCCACUGUAAAAGCAUUAGCGGACUAUUUGGUUUAUCUAGACAAAAAUGACACUGCCUACAAGGAGUAUUUCAGGUGGAGGCAAAAAUACAUGACAGUUCAUUACUCCCCAUGGAAUUGUAUACUUUGUGCGCGGUUGCACCUUGACACAACCACAAAGCUCUACAAGACAAUGGAUACAUUCUGGGGAGCCGCAGAGAACUGUGGAAGCACUGCAACGGAUAAGAAACUGUACAAAAUGCUUCACCAAAGACAGCGCACAUCGAGCAGUAAGAAAAAGGAAAUCGUUAACUCAACAGGGAAUAGUGAUUAUGUGACUGCAAAAAAUCUUUCGGUAGUUUGAACACAUUUCUUACUCCUACCAUUACUAAUAUGAAGCAGGCAUUAGAAAUAAUAAAAUGGAAACAAAUAUUCUAGAAGGUACGGUAUGAUAAAUCGAUUCCUCUCUGGGACUUCUUAUGAGACUAUACGGGAACUUGGAGCUCCGAUUUGUUAGGGUAUUUUGGGCCAGACCCUUUUAAAAGAUCUGAGUGGAUACAAUAACAUAUUUAUUUUCACAUAAAGGUACAAAUAAGUAUAAUAAUCUUGGGCAUGUAUAGCACCUCUCUAAGACUUUACAAUGUUACAACCGCAUUAAAAACUAUGCGACCACCCUGAGGGUCAAUUUAUGAAUGGGAAUUCUCAUUCAAAAGCGACUCGGUGAGAACGUACAAAAUGAUGUCUGCUAUCGGCUAAUAGAUGUUGUUUAUUUAGAAUUCUAGGAACUUGCCGUUACAUGAAAGCAAGGGCUAGGCAUAAAAAUACAAAAUAAACAUUCGAAAUGAUUCCUCUUGUCAAUUCGACCAUUUAUUAAAGUAAUUCGGGGUGGCAGCGUAGUUCUUAAUUAUAUGAUAUAGUAAUGCCUAUUAUAUGAUAUACGUGUGCAGGCAAAAUUAAAACAAAUAUUCUAAAAUUCUAA